AUGCCCCAGGCAUUAAUACGAUCGAUCAACAAGAACCCCGUGCAAGAGGUACAAUCACUAGCUCUCGAUGCUAACGAUAACUACUUCCUACGGUGGACUGACGAAUCUGAUUCAAGCUGGUACAGUUACAUUGGGUUGAAAACACACUACCCAUCUUUGGUUGAGUUCUUUGAUGAACAUGACGAGCACACUUCUACCGUGACAUUUGGUUCGACGAUUGGUGAUUUCUUUGUCUUCAACCAAAAAACCUGGCAGUACGAAGGAAGGGGCUUAAACCUGCCAGAUUGGCUCAGCGAGGACAAUCGACAGAUCAAGCAAGUUGCACUAGGCAUGAAUGGGGCACACUGUAUCCUUUUCACAAACGGUGAAUGGACGGUGGCCUGUGAGAACAACUACCCGGAGCUGUAUGAUAUACUCAACGAUCAUGAGAGAGGUGAUGUUGUGUUCGUCGCCAUGAACCCCAACCGCAAGAACGAAUUCUUCCUUGCUCUAGCCGACAACACAAUUCAUGUCCAGGCAAGUGCUAUAUGCGAGGCUGAUAUAGUUGACGUGUUGUCUGCCUAUGAGGAGCUGGAAAUCAUCACAAGCCAUGUCUCCAACUUUUCACACAACUUGACAGAGAAACCAAAGCUGCCACAAUCUGCAAGGAAAGGAGCAUUUCUGAAAGGAAUUGCAACAUCUGUCGGAAAAGGAGUUCUCACAAGUAUUGUCACUACUGCUCUUACAGCAAGCUGUUCUGUAAUGUGA